GCCCCAAGCAAAUUACUCUCACGAGUCACGGACAAAAAUUAAGUAUAAAUUCAUCCCCAUCCCACAUUUCCGGCAGAUUCGCUCAGCCGAAUGAUCUGGAAUUUCCGCCAUGAACGAUGUGAGAGAUCAACAAGAACAAAUUCCUGAAUUAGUUUUUGGUAAAUUGGAAGUGGUGACCGCGCUCGGCCGUGGAGCGAAGGGAGUCGUGUUCUUGGCAAGAAAUGCGGCGGAGGACGGCGACGCCGAAUGGCUGGCCUUGAAGGUGAUUUCGAGAGAAUUAAUCGAGAGGAAGGCGAAGAUUGUGAAUAGCGAUGGAGCUGAGUAUCGCAGAGUUUGCUUUGAACGAGAAGUUUUGCAGCUUUUCCGCCAUCCGCUUUUGCCUCGAUUGCGAGGAGUUUUGAAUACUCAGAGAGUUGUAGGUUACGCCAUUGAUUAUUGUAAUGGACGAGAUCUUAAUGCUCUUAGGAAAAAACAGACCGAAAAAAUGUUCUCCGAUGACGUUAUUAGAUUUUACGCUGCGGAAUUAGUUAUGGCGUUGGAGUAUGUACACAGUUUAGGAAUAGUUUACAGAGAUUUGAAGCCGGAGAACGUUAUGGUUCAACACAACGGCCAUAUAAUGCUUGUGGAUUUUGAUCUCUCUACAAGACUCUCUCAAAAAUCUCCCAAAUCAUCUCCGUCUCCGUCGCCGGUGGUAGAGGUUAUGGCGGAAUCUAAAUAUGUGAUGAAAGGUAAAAAUGACAAGAAGAGGAAGAAGAAACGACUCUUUCAUUUUCACCGGUUUUGCAACUCCGGCGUAUCACCGGAGGAAUCCGAUCACCACGCUAGAGUGGCGGAGAAACCAAGAUCUCUACCGGAUUCGUCGGAUUCGGAGUCAUCGGAGAAGUCGAACUCGUUCGUCGGGACAGAGGACUAUGUAGCGCCGGAGAUCGUUGCCGGGAAGGGACAUGACUUCGCCGUGGACUGGUGGUCACUCGGCGUAGUUCUGUACGAGAUGCUGUACGGAACGACGCCGUUUAGAGGAUCGAAUCGGAAGGAAACGUUCUACCGGAUUUUGACGAAGUCGCCGGAUCUGUGCGGCGAAGCGACGCCGUUGAGGGAUUUGAUAAGGAAGUUGCUGGAGAAAGAUCCGAGGAAGAGGAUCGAACUAGAGGAAAUCAAGGGCCACGAUUUUUUCAAAGGGACUGACUGGAAAUUAGUUCUCGGAAUUCCCCGGCCGCCGUCGCUGCCGGAAAUGGCGGAAGAGGAUAUAAAGGGAAAUAACAUAAUUGAUGUGGAGUCUUUUGUCCAAGAUGUAUUUUGCAGCGAAAUGGAGAAGAAGAAUCAAAUUAACGGUGAGGAAGGAAAAGGGUUAAUUCCUAAUUACACGGACUCUGACAUAUUUCAUGUAUUCUAACUAUAAAAAAUUUUUGGUAGGAAAAUAUAUAUAUAUAUUCUUCACAAAUGAAGAGAUUAGCUUUUUUUUCUUUUUCUUUUUCUUUUUUUUUUUUUGAAAUAUAAUAUUAUAAAUGGAACUUGAAAUUCUCAAUU